GUUCACUUAGAACCAAGUGUUGUGUUUGUCACCUUCACAUAUGUUUAGCUCUAAAUAUAGACUGCAUGGACGUAUUCAUGUACACUGAAUCCGAAAUAUACCUCGGAGACUGUUACGUACUUUUAAAAAGAUACUCGUUUCGCUAGACCUCUCACGUGCAUCACUAAGUCUAAUGGAGGAACGAGGCCAUCAGCUACGUGUUGCCACACGGACCAAUAUUACAUUGCUCUGCCAGUCUUUACACCACAGACACUCUGCAACGACAUAAUAUUUGCAGAAAAUGAUUAACAAAUGUUAUUUUUUUAAAUGAUAUUGGAUAAUUGCUCACGGCACACCUGACACUGAGACUACGCGUUCAUGUGCGACGUUCACGUACAUACACAGAUACGUAUUUAGCUUGGGCCGCACGGUGGACGAUUGGUUGGCAUGUCGACCACACAGUCAGGGGAUGGGAAGACCUGGGUUGGAAUCUCCGCUUGGGCAUCUCUGUGUGGAGUUUACAUGUUUCCCCGUGCAUGCGUGGCUUUUCUCCGCUUUCCUCCCACAUUCCAAAAACAUGCACGUUCGCUUGGAUGGAUGGAUGGUAUUUAGCUAGACGAUGCGUUCAUGUGCGACGUUCACGUACAUUUGUGAAGAAAAUGUUUGGAAACUUUGUGAGUUGAUCGGGAAGGAAGGAAGUGCACCUCUAGAAGAAAUCUUUGUGGUUUUCAUCUCAAAUGACAACAGAACGAUUCCACUGUGGAAGCAGAAGUGCGCAUGUGGAGACCAGCCUGUGGUUUGGGAUUACCACGUGCUUCUGCUUCACAUCUGCGGCGGGUCUGGUUCUGUGGUGUACGAUCUGGACUCGACGAUGCCCUUUCCCUGCAGCCUGGAGCUGUACGCCAAGCACGCCCUACGCACGGACCACGGCAUUCAGGCCGCGUACCGCAGGAAGUUGCGUGUGGUCCCCGCCAACUGCUUCCUGUUGACCUUCGCCUCGGAUCGGUCACACAUGAAGAAUGACGACGGGUCCUGGAAGAUGCCACCCCCACCGUACCCCCCCAUCUGUACCACAGACUCCCUCAUGAACCUGGAUGACUUCAUCAGCAUGGAUCCCAGCGUGGGAUGGGGGAAGGUUUUUACGUUGGACCACUUCCUGCAGCACUACGUCCAGGACUCUUCUUCUCCUUAGUUCACAUUUCUUCUGUCCACAAAAUUUUUAGAUAAAUAAUAAAAUAUUUAGAUUUUAGUCAAAAUAAAAAUCAAUUAAACCAAUCAAUAUGUUCAAAAUAAUAUUUUUCAAGUGUUGUUGGAGAGGACGUUACAGAUGUUGCUCAACUGGCCGUAGUCAAUGAGCGUCCCCAAAGACUUGGUGCCCAUGGCAGCUAAGACUUGCACUACACUGGUCAGUUAACCCCCCACCCCCGCUUGUCAAGAUACACCACAUGAAGUCGCUCCCCACUUCUCUCCCAUCUGCUGCAGCAGGACUGCUUCGUCAUGUCGUGUGAAGGAGCAUCUGGCGUCACCAUGGUUACCACAGCAGAAACUGGGCUGCAUUUACAAUGUAGAAAUGUAGCUUGUAGGGGCUGCACGGCUGGCGAGUGGUUAGCGCGCAGGCCACACAGCUCGAUUCCAUCUCUGUGUAGAGUUUGCAUGUUCUCCCUGUUCUCACCUUGGGAAGGUGACAUUCUCAAGGUACUCCAGUUU